UUCCAUAUUUCCAAUCUAAAAUGUGGACUCACUUUUAGAGUUGUUGGUAUUCAUUUUUGCUAUUUUACCUUUCCAGUUUCCACUCUUCUUUAGAAUCUCCGCUCCGCUCUUCCAUUUUUCUUCUUUUCUUAAACAGUUGUUUUCUUUCUUUUAAUACAUAAUAAUAAUAAUGAGGACGCAAAAAAACGAAAAACACUUUCGUUUUCUCAAACAUUUCACCAUAAUUUCUUAUUAUUUAUUCCUCGCCUGGGCUGCUCCUGCUGCCUCCCCAAACCCGUAAGCUUUCUCGGAGGAAGAGCGCUUUUAGAAUGGCUUUCUCUUCUCUCAUCAGAUCCACUGCCGCCGCCUACCCUCUCCUUGAAGCCUCCGCCCGCACCGACCUCUCUCCUUCACCCUCCCAUCGUCUCAAGGUUUCAAGUAUUGGUUUUGGUGGGAAUCUCAAUUCCUUUUUUGGUCCUGCAGUUUCAACUAAGUCUUCUUCCUUACAGAAAUGCAAUUCAAGGAGUAUCCAACCUAUCAAAGCCACUGCUACGGAAAUUCCUACUACAAUUGCAAGGUCACGGAGCAGUGGCAAGACAAAGGUUGGAAUCAAUGGUUUUGGUCGGAUUGGAAGGUUGGUUUUACGGGUAGCAAUCGCUAGGGAUGAUUUCGAUGUGGUAGCAGUCAAUGAUCCUUUUAUUGAUGCUAAUUAUAUGGCUUACAUGUUUAAAUACGAUUCUACUCAUGGAGGCUUCAAGGGAACCAUCAGAGUUGUGGAUGACUCCACCUUGGAAAUUAAUGGCAAGCAAAUACAGGUUGUAAACAAAAGGGACCCUGCAGAGAUCCCUUGGGGUGAUUAUGGGGCUGAGUUCGUUGUCGAGUCAUCUGGUGUUUUCACAACAUUAGCCAAGGCCUCAGCACAUUUGAAGGGUGGUGCCAAGAAAGUUGUAAUUUCAGCUCCUUCAGCUGAUGCACCAAUGUUUGUGGUGGGAGUAAAUGAGAAGACCUACAAACCAAGCAUGGACAUAGUUUCUAAUGCUAGUUGCACCACCAAUUGUCUUGCUCCUCUUGCCAAGGUAGUUCAUGAGGAAUUUGGUAUCAUUGAGGGUUUAAUGACGACUGUCCAUGCAACUACAGCAACACAAAAGCCUGUGGAUGGCCCUUCAAUGAAGGAUUGGCGAGGGGGUCGAGGAGCUGGGCAAAAUAUCAUUCCUAGUUCAACUGGUGCCGCUAAGGCUGUGGGAAAAGUUCUUCCGCAACUAAAUGGAAAACUUACUGGAAUGGCAUUCCGUGUCCCAACACCCAAUGUUUCUGUUGUUGAUUUAACUUGUCGACUUCAGAAGAGUGCCUCCUAUGAAGAUGUCAAAGCAGUCAUAAAGUAUGCUGCAGUGGGUCCACUUAAUGGCAUUCUUGGAUACACAGAAGAGGAUGUUGUCUCGAAUGAUUUUGUUGGUGAUUCGAGGUCGAGCAUCUUUGAUGCAAAAGCUGGAAUAGGGUUGAGUGAUUCUUUCAUGAAGCUUGUUUCAUGGUAUGACAAUGAGUGGGGUUACAGCAAUAGGGUUCUUGACCUAAUAGAGCACAUUUCACUGGUGUUAGCAACACACAACUAAAUAUUUAGAGAUUUGUACUGCCAUUUUUGUGUGGGUUAGAAGUUGGUUUUAGGGAAUAGGCAUGAAUUCCACAGUACCCAAAGUGUAUGUUUGUUCUCUUUUUGGAUUGCUUGUCCAUGUAAGAGUUGGGCGUCCCAUAGUGAAAUUGUGAAAUAAUGAAGAAUCGAGCAACCUUAAGACUGCUAUUUGAGGCAAAUGUAGGAGGGUUUUAUCUUUGUCAAUAUAUAUAUAUAUAUAUAUAUAUAUAUUUGGGCAGUAUCUUUUAUAUGAAAAUCUAUGAAUGAUCUGGUUUGAUGUUUCCUUCUGUUUUUGGUUAAA